AUGGCGAUGAUCCGAAUAAGAUAUCCAUUUGCUGGAGGGUUUGCUGCUCUGCUCCUACUAUCCGCCUACCUUAGCUUUGCCCCCCAUACCACGCCUCCGAAGGAAGGAGAGCCUCCAGUUCCAUCACCUAUACAAGUCAACGGCAAAGUCGUACACCUGGUCACCUUUUUCCUACUGUCACUCGCAUUCUACUGGGUCCUAGACACCACCCGCCGAAGAACACUACAUUUAUCGCUCAUCGUAUGCACGCUGGUCCUGGGAGUAGGGUCUGAAAUCGCACGGGGACUUAUUCCGAAUGGCGGUUCUUUCGAUCCAUAUGAUAUUCUGGCGAAUACCGUCGGAAGUCUCGCAGCCAUAGGGCUGUGCACAUGGUAUCACAAGCGGAUGCUUGAACGGAGGAGAAAAGCAAGGUUCGGAGCCCUUAUGGAGAAUGGAGAGGAAGAUGUUGAGCUUGGCUUGGCGAAUGGUACCGGCGAACAAGAAUCAGGCAUCACAAACGCCCAGUCGCUAGAAGAUGAGGUUGAUAACUGGGAUGAGAAUGCUGAAGAUAAUUGGGAGGUUUCGGAAGAUACUGGAGAUGCUGGGCCCGCGAGCGGCGCGUCCAAUGGAGAUAUUGGUCAGAAGCCUUCGCCUGAUCAAAUAGGAAAAGUUGGCGAGAAUGACCAUAAGAAUUGA